AUGACAUUCGCGUGGAAGACCGCUGGCUUAACGUACAAUCGGUAUCUGGCCGUCGCCUCCAGAACUGUUAGACGAUCGCUAAAGCCGGAAUUGAGGCUGAAAGCUGAGCGUGGAGUUUCGGAAAUGAAAUUCGCUAAGUGGGAGAACGGCAAACAAGGCGACCUAAAGAAUCUGUCUGCUAAGAGCGAACAAGCUACCGAGGCUACGUCUGCAUAA